AUGAAGAAAUUCAGUAAGUCGAAAUUGAAGAAGACAGAAACACAAGAGAAAAAUCCUCUGCCUUCAACAGAAACAACUGAACAAGAGAAGUAA